GUUAACGGCCGCCACUCUUAAAACCCGUCUUCUUUUUUUCUUCCUGUUUUUGAUUUUUAAUCCUUAUCUUUCAUGAAUCAUCUCUCUCCCUGCAAAAACAACGUCCGCCGUGUUACACCAUCAUCUCCGUCGUGACCUCCGGUCUUGAUUCUACAAAGUUUUGUAAUUACUUCUGCAGCUGGAUAUAAUCGAGCUGUGUUUUUACUUUUUAGUCAGCAAUAGGAAACAGGAAGAACUAAAGAAGACAUUUGGUGAUCAGGUAGAUGAAUUUGCAGUUGCAAGUGAACGAAAAUAAUCUACGAAGCUAGAGUUUGUAUUUGUUGUUAGCUUCCGAGUUUAACUUAUGGUAGAUUUUGAGAAUUCUUCGGCAAUGGCUGUUUCUGCAACUUCAGUUGAAGGAACUGAAUGUUCAUCCGGUGGUAACGAAACAGCACCUAAUCCUCCUCCUGAGCUGCAACCGAUAAAGAAGAAGAGAAAUCUUCCAGGAAUGCCAGAUCCAGAUGCGGAGGUGAUCGCACUAUCACCGACGACUCUACUAGCCACCAAUCGGUUCGUAUGCGAGAUCUGCAACAAAGGAUUCCAGCGGGACCAGAACCUUCAGCUUCAUCGGAGAGGUCAUAACUUGCCGUGGAAAUUAAAACAGCGAGAUGGAAAGGAAAUCCGGAAACGCGUUUAUGUUUGUCCGGAGAAAACCUGCAUCCACCAUGAUCCGUCUAGAGCACUCGGCGAUCUCACCGGAAUCAAAAAGCACUUCUCCAGGAAGCACGGCGAGAAAAAGUGGAAGUGCGAGAGGUGCUCGAAGAAGUACGCCGUUCAAUCCGAUUGGAAAGCGCAUAUGAAAACGUGUGGUACAAAGGAAUACAGAUGUGAUUGUGGCACCUUAUUUUCUAGGAGGGAUAGCUUCAUUACGCAUAGAGCUUUCUGUGAUGCAUUAGCUCAAGAGAGUGCGAGAUCUCAAUCUCAAUCUCAAACUCCAAGCCUUCCCAUUACUAAUUCUAAUCAUCAUAAUCAUCUACAAGAAACUGAGAAAGUGCAGGCGGCUAUUCUUCCACCGUCGUGUAGCCCGCCGCCACCGCCGCAUACUCCUUCCACCGGCGUACUCUCUCCUGUUCAAUCCGUUCACAGCUCAGCAGAGUUGCCGGAAAAAUCCACGGGUAUACUAGAGCACCAGAAGGGGGCGGGGGCGACAUUGGAGGUGGUGGAGGCAGCGGCGGCGGCGGAGACAUGCCUCCCAACAACCACAACGACCACCGCUAGUGGUGGCUCAACCUCUAGUGGAAACAACAACAACAAUGCGAGUAACAACAAUACAGGCGUAUUUGCAAGUAUUUUUGCAUCAUCCUCCGUCUUGCCGCCGUCUCAAUCAUCUCCGGCAACGUACUCUAAUCUGAUGUGUGGUGUAGCCGGAGCUGACAGGAACACCACGGUGGAACCAAUGUCCCUCUCUUUAUCCUCCUCUUUGUACCGUUCCACCACCGCCGCCCCCUCCUUAUUCCCGCCACCUGAACAAACCCUCCACCAACACCACCGUCAAUACGUUCAAACUCAGCAACCAGCUCUCUCCGCCACCGCUCUACUUCAAAAAGCUGCUCAAAUGGGCGCAACGUCGUCAAACACCUCAUUCCUCCAUGCAUUAGGUUUAGCACCACCGUCGUCCUCCUCCACCGACCGCUACCAAGAAGCUAGCGUUAGUCAAUGGAGUAAUAUCCAAAGCAAACAAGAGAGAAACGACAACCUAAUGGGUCCGCCGCCACCGACCACCCUCGAUUUUCUUGGGUUGGGGAUGGGUGGUGGCGGCUCCUCCGGUGGGUACUCGGCAUUUUUAAGUUCAAUCGGAGGAAGCAGUCUUAAUGUUAAUUCAGCCGCCGGUGUUCCCUUUAGGGGAGUCACCUCCGUCCAAAAUGAUGAUUGGGAUGACUCCGGCGACAAGAAGCCGGCGCUUCAUUAGCUUUCUCUCUCAGUUUUUUAAUGGUGAAAGAGAGAGGUGAGAUGAUGAGCGUCAGUGGCUUUGUACCUAUUAUUAUAGUAAGCACGUGACAUUAAAAUAUACGUCUAUGUUUUUAUGAUUUUUAGUUAUUACUAUUAUUAUUAAUAUUAAAAUUAAAUAUUUGGAGUAGAAA